CGUAAUAUUGUGUCACACGUAUGUGUACGUACAGUAGAUAAUUAGAAGAGAAUAAUAUCUGAAGGCUCAGUAGAAAACAGCGCAAGAGAUUAAAGGAUACUUGAAACAUAUAGUUAAUACUUUUGCUUUAAAUUCUUGUUUUAUUUUAUAAUUAUACAUUAUAUUACAAAAGGAUGAUUUCCAAAAAACGUAUCAUAGAUCUAUUGCGAGUUAUAUCUUCUCAGUCAUGUAAAUGUCCAGCUCAUGGAAAUCCAGGAGGUACAACUAUACAUGAAUUAAGCAAAGCUCGUAGUACAGUAGCUAGUGCUAUACCAGCAAAAGAAUAUGCAUUUGAAAUGGCUUGUUCUACAGUGCGGUAUGGCGUUGGUGUUACAAAAGAACUCGGUAUGGAUAUGCAAAAUUUUAAUUCAAAGAAUGUGUGUUUGAUGACAGAUUCCAACUUAAUAAAUUUACCACCUUUUAAAACUGCUAUGGACAGCCUUACUAAAUAUGGAAUUCAAACUACAGUUUAUGAUAGUGUACGUGUAGAACCCACAGAACAAAGUCUGAAAGAUUCCAUUGAAUUCGCUAAACGUGGACAAUUCGAUGCUUUUAUAGCGGUAGGAGGUGGUUCAGUGAUGGACACUUGUAAAGCUGCAAAUCUUUAUAGUUCUGAUCCACAAGCAGACUUUUUAGAUUACGUAAAUCAACCAAUUGGUAAAGGAAAACCAAUUACAGUGCCAUUAAAACCAUUAAUAGCAGUACCAACUACCUCUGGUACUGGUUCAGAAACAACUGGUGUUUCUAUCUUUGAUUAUCAACCACUUAAAGCCAAAACUGGAAUUGCUAAUAGAGCUCUGAGACCUACCUUAGGUCUUAUUGAUCCAAAUCAUACAUUAAGUAUGCCAGAAAGAGUCUGUGCUUAUUCUGGUUUUGAUGUGCUUUGUCAUGCUCUUGAAUCUUUUACUGCAAUACCAUAUACAGAAAGAGCUUGUCCUCCCAAUCCAAUUCUUAGACCAGCCUAUCAAGGUAGCAACCCUAUUAGUGAUGUGUGGGCGAAAUAUGCUCUUCAAAUAAUGUGCAAGUAUUUUAAAAGAGCUGUAUAUAAUCAAGAUGAUCUUGAAGCUAGAAGUAACAUGCAUCUUGCAAGUACCAUGGCAGGUGUUGGAUUUGGUAAUGCUGGAGUUCACCUUUGUCAUGCACUUUCUUAUUCUAUUAGUGGAAAUGUACAUAAUUUUCAGCCAGAGGGUUAUAACAAAGAUCAUCCUAUAGUGCCACAUGGUCUUUCAGUUGUUAUAUCAGCACCUGCUGUAUUUUCUUUUACUGGGAGUGGAUGUGCAGAAAGGCAUUUAGAAGCUGCGGAAUUACUUGGUGCUAAUAUUAACCGAGCUAAAAAAAGUGAUGCUGGCAAAAUAUUAUCAGACGUUGUAAAAGGGUACAUGCAAGUGAUGAAAAUUGAAAAUGGUUUGAGUGAAUUAGGUUUCAAAAAGGAAGACAUACCUAAUUUAGUCGAAGGCACACUACCACAACAUCGUAUUACAAAAUUGGCACCACGAGAACAAUCAAAGGAAGAUCUUACACAGUUGUUUGAAAACUCAUUUACAAUUUAUUAAAAAAAUAAUGUUUCUCAAUAUGUACUGUAUGUAUUUUCUCAAAGACCACAUUUGAUCUAUUUUUAAUAUCUACUUUUUCUACAUGUAAUUUUGUUAUUUUUAAUAUAUUUUAUAAACAAAAAUAAAUGUUUUUUUAAAUGAGAA